UUACACCGCUCCCUCGCGUCGCUCCUGCCUCCACUUUGCGAAGUAAUAUCAAUUUUGCGUUGCGACAGCUCCCCAGCGCCUCAGCCUGGGUGCCGGUACUGCCCACAAGAUGUUCUUCUUCAUCCACAUCGGCAAAGAAAGAGAUCACGCUGCUCCAGGAUAAGAAGAAUGGAUUCGGGUUUGCACGGUCAAACCCCCGACCACCCAAACCGAGGACCAAGGGUGUCACCGAAAUCAGGGGCCCAUACUAUACUGUAUGCCGGUCACCAAGCCGUAAUCCUUAGCAUAUGUGGAGUGCUGUGUGCUUCAAAGGACCCAUAAGGAGCUGAUUAGAAGUACAGGCCAUGGGGAAACGAUACCUAGCAGAUGUGCUGGAGACGUGAGCCGCUCGACCGUGUAGGCAUUGGAGAUAUUUUGCUGCUGACAACUACCACCAAAAGCAUGGGAACCCAUGUGGACGGCUUGAAGUUUGCAGGAGGGUCAUUCUCUCUUUUCCCAGAAAAGCCUUUGAGGGAGUUAAUCGAUCUCGCUCACGACCACGGAGUCUAUGUCUCCACAGGCGGUUGGGCUGAGCACCUACUCACUCAUCCCGAUGCAAAUGCCGUGUUGGAUAAGUACCUUCGCAAGUGCAAGGACCUUGGGUUCGAUGUCGUCGAGCUCUCAUCGGGAUUUCUAUCCAUCCCCGAAGACGACUGGCUCCGCCUUGUAGACAAGGUCCACUCCUACAAGUUGAAAGCGAAGCCCGAGUUAGGGAUUCAAUUCGGUGCCGGCGGCGACACCCCCGCGGCAGGGCUGGAAGCUAUAGGCACGUCUGAUCCGUCGAAGUUGGUGAACCUGGGCCGGAAAUUCCUCGACGCAGGCGUCGAGCGCUUGAUGAUCGAGUCGGAGGGCAUCACCGAGAAUGUGGAAUCGUGGCGGACCGAUGUGGUAUCGAAGAUCAUGAAAGAGCUUCCCUCGGAAGGCGUCAUGUUCGAGGCAGCAGACCCGAAGGUCUUCAACUGGUACAUCCGGGAGUUCGGCAUUGAUGUCAACUUGUUUGUCGACCACAGUCAGAUUGUGCAGUUAUCGUGUUUGCGCCAUGGGAUUUGGGGCACGGCCGACACUUGGGGAAAGAUUGUCUCUUUCCGACCUGAGUAAUGGGUGUAAUGUGAGGUUGGUGGCAUGGCC